UUGCAAACCUUAUACCGCUACCGGCUUGCGCAUCAGAAACGGAACAGCUUCGUCUGCGGCAAGAAGCGCGAAGUGAGAGUGAUUUGAAGAAUGUUGAAUGGCUACAUCGUUUUUUUCUAAAGAAGAUGUUUUUAUUUUCUUUAAUUUCGAUGCAAUGUACUCGGUUUUUUGAAUAAAUUUUAUCAAUAGGGUACUGCAGAGUUUGGCCAAAGAUAGAUAAAACGUGGAAGAUAAGCAAUGAUAAACCGUCGUUGACUUCAGAGUGUACGGUACAGGUAUAAGAGCACGGUGCACUGUAGAGCAAACCAUGCAACAAAGUGUACUGUUUAUCAAACCCGCCUAAAAAGGUUUUUUUUUCCUUUUGGUUGUGUUUAGCAGUUUUAUCUUUCCUCCUUUACUAUUCAGUUUUGUAACAUUCUUUGUAACGAAUAGACAACAUGGAUCCUGCAGCAAAAAAGCCAAAACUAGAAAACGAGAGUGUUAGCUCUUCCUAUCACGGGAUGUUCUACCAUCUACGGCUCGGAAUGGUCAUACUGCUGCACUCGUACAACUUUCACCGUAAAGGAACGCUGCCCCACCUCAGCAUCACGAUGGAAGACUGUGAGGCGGGCAAGUUUGAUGACAUAGUGAUUCGCUACGCAUCAUCCACCACCCCGAAAGGUACCAUUUACAUCCAGGCCAAGCAUAAACUCUCCUCGGAAAACACGAAACCACUCACGGAAGGAGAUUUCUUCACGAAAAAGGCCUCCAACACUCCGUUCUCCGUUCCCAUGUACUUUCGAUCGUAUCUGGACCACUAUCGGCCCGCUUCCAGUGGUUCGCAUGCAUACUUACUUUGCACCAAUGCAACGAUCGAUGAUAAGAUGAUGCAAUAUUUCACCCAGCGACACCGUGGUGUGAGUGAUAUUCUAUCGUUUUGUGCUUUGAUUAACGCUACAUGCUAUUCCUUCAAGCGAGAAGGCAAGUUCACCGCACUGUUGAAAGAUCUGCGAAGAGUCAGUUUGGAAAAGCUGGGCAAACUGCUCGCGACGCACGCUAAAACUGGAGAGGAAAUCAACUCAAACAACACACUCAUUGGUUUGUACCAUAGCUUAAUUGCAAUGUCGGUGGAACGGGUCACGUCGAACGUGUUCACAUUCAAGCGUGAGUUUUGGACAGCACACGAUGCCACGCCCAUGGGAAGGCUUCGCAUCAUCGUUGAGCGGGAGUACGGAAAGCUGCCUCAAAAUAAGCCCAAAGAAGAAGCGCUACAGUUAACGAUUUCAAACGCCUCCAUCAAUUUCCCCAACGCCGCUGCAAACCCUGGCUCUGUGGAUCAGUUUUGCUUUGAGCAAAUCGAUCGAAUAAUCCAUCAAUUUUGUGACGAGUUCCUGUUGGUGUGUGGAUCGAAAAGCGAAUCGAAUCUGCUAACCGACGCUCACGAACUGAUGCCCAACUGGGUGCGCGAUCGAAAGGGAGCAUUUGAAAAUCUGCAAACCCUGCUGCUGGAAGCACUCCGAGGGGAAGGAUCGAACACGAUCAUGCUGAACCAGAUCAAAGAAAAGUACAUUGAAGUGAAUGCGAACGAAAGUUUCAACAUGCUGCGAGUACUGACACAAGAACACUUUCAAUCAGUGCGCAAUGAAUAUCCAUUUAUCGAAUUACAGGCAGAUCGUCUGAGAGACUCUUCGCUCUAUCGAUUUAUCUGUAACAGUUCGUCGCAUGAUGUUCAUUGCUUUUUUACCAAACACAACGUUAACGUCAGUUCAACAAUGAUUGCACAAGCUUCAGCCCUCCAACAGUAUGAUUGUUUAUUUGUAAACGGCUCAUCAAGCCAAGUGAAUGGAAACAUUCGUGUGAUCGUUCGUGAUGUGAUGGAGUUCUUAUUUGAUGUUAAUCGCACUUCACGUUACAUUUUUGUGAUCUUUGGUCAAAUGGAACCAGACGAACUUAAAUUCAUCCAGGAGCUUACACAUAAAUACAAAGUGAAAUCCAUUCUAAUUCAACAACUAUUUCAUAACUAUCUUUAUGAAGAUCGUUUCUUCGUUCGUGAUCUUACUGAAGCAGCAGCGGUACAAGUGCUACGACAACAGAGCCAUUUCAACAUAUUUGGAACAACAAUUGCUUUCAAUGAGGUCGUUGGGGAAGAUGAUACACUAAGCUUUUUGUGUGAUGUUUUGGAAAGAUGUAACCAAAACUUGAAAUCGAUGAAUGAAUACUGCAACAGGAAGUGCUACGAAAGCAUCAGCAGAUGGUAUAUUCCACGCACCAUGAUACCGUGCAAAAAGUAUAAAGGAUCAUCCCAGACUUACAAAGACCUGUUCUAUGUAACGCCAAAAAUCGCAGGUACCGUUAUACCUUUUCAAAACCUAGAAUUCAUGCAGCCUAGCUCACCAUCAAUAAUUAAAUCCUACAUAACAUCUCAAGAUGGCUUCAAACACACUGCCAAUGCGAUGGAGCAAGAUCAGUACACGAAAGUUUGCCUCAUCCUAGAUGAGGCCGGGUUUGGAAAGUCCACCUUUUUUAUUGCAUUAGCAUUUCACCUAUCGAACGAUAAUCCGGCGGCGUUUGUCAUACGCAUGAUCGCAUUGAAUUAUAGCACCGAUUUUGCACGUCUGAAGACGAUCGAUCCGACCACGAUGGAUGACACAACGAUCGUUAGGAUCUUCUUUCGGCUCUUCUAUUUAACAUUGUUUGUGGCAAAUGUAAACAGUCGAUCGGUAAAACAGAACGAUCUGAUUCGAGAGCAAGCUGAUCAAAUCGCUGGACAUUUUACGAUCUGGAAAGGUCAAGUUAUACUCGAUGCGGACAACACACCGCAAGAGCAGCAGAUGACGGUAGAACAAAGGCUAGUGCUGCGGUUGUUUGCAGUGAAAUUUAACCAAAGACAAUUUCUCCUUUUGCUGGAUGGUUUCGAUGAAGUUGCUCCCCAUUAUAAAACCUUUGUAAUGCAGUACUUCGCACGGCUGGCAAGUCUGGAAGGCAUUCGUAGACUGUACCUUUCCUCCAGACCGUACGACUUUGUUGAUGAAAUGAAGCACACAUUCAUAGCUUGCAAACUGUUCCAGCUGGAAGAGUUCACGGUGCGCGAUCGAAUAUGCUUCCUGUACAACUUCUUCAUGGCGGAAAUGGUUGAGUUUAGCGAAUGCAACGAGCGUGAUCGCUUACUCCUGUUGGCGGUAUUGGACAUGCAGGUGGUGCAUAAAAUGAGCGAUGUCAUAUCAAUACCCCUCUUUUUGUACUUGGGUUCGAUAACGCUGGCUCUGCUGGUUCGAAAAUGUGUCAAUUUUUCCGAUGAAACCCUGUCGCUGGAAAUAUUUGAUAGAUGGAACUUCAGUAAGUUACAAAUGGUCCAAAAUUUUGUAGAAAGAAAGCUUAAAAUUCUGGACAUCGAUAAGACAGGCGCCAUGGACGCGGUCUCGUUCAACGCAGCACAGAUUCAGAUCACCGACGAAGUAAAUUACACGCUGUUGCAGCGGCAUUUUCUGCUAGCCGUGUGGGUUACAUUCGAUAAAGCGAUUCGAGCUCAGCUGCUGUCCGGCCAUGAGCUACAGGAAGCGAGCCAGUACAUAGAAUACUUUGCGGAAGCGAAAGAAAAGGCAGGCAUCAUUAUGGGCGUGCAGGAUGACGUACCCAUGUUCAAGCAUCGCAUGUUUGCCGAAUACUUUGCUGCUUGUUGGCUGCGCCAAAACAGAGAUCGUGUACAGCAGCUCAGCUACUUUCGAUCCCGAUCGUACUGGAUUAAGGAAACGGUUCAAACGAGACUUUUUCGACCGGAUGGUGCUAGAGGAAAGUCCAGGCUGUGAGUUACACA